GUACAUCUUCCCUCUAGGCAAUUUUUUCGGGGACGUCAUUCUAUAUCUGUUCCUGCUAGCCCGUCUACAUACCUGACUUCCGCUGCGUGUCCCAUGUAUCGACAAUACCCGGACUUUGCAGGCAGUCAGUCACAAUGUCCCGAAAAAUUCCCUUGAUCACGCUCGAGGAGCACUUCAUUUCUCAGGCCGUGCUCGACUACUAUGAACAACAGGGGGCACAGACAACCCUCCCCGAGUCCCAUUCUCACAUCAUGAGCUCACUGCGGGAUGUUGGGCACCAACGUCUAAAGUCGAUGGACUCUGGCCGGGUGAGCUUACAGGUCAUCUCCCACCGACCCAACUCGCUCCCAAUACCGCCGGAGGUUUGCACGGCGGCCAACGAUGAGUUAUACGAGGCCAUCAAUUCAUCCCCGCGCCCGGAACGUUUUGCCGCCUUCGCCAUGCUUCCGCUUCUGCACCCCGAAGCCGCCGCGAAAGAACUCGACCGUUGUGUGUCAGAGUUGGAUUUUGUCGGCUCCUUGGUGGACAAUAUGACCGAGGGUCGAUUCUACGACGACACAUUCUUCUGGCCGAUUUUCGCUGCUCACGAAAGGCUCGACGUGCCCAUAUAUCUCCAUGCCGCACCACACCCGUUGCCCAGCGAUUCCCCGUUCCAUGGCAACUAUGCACCUCAAGUGUCCGCGUUCCUGGCGAAUCACGGCUUCAACUGGCACGCAGAGGUCGCGCUCCACGUCAUUAGGCUCUUCGCAUCGAAACUGUUCGACGUCCACCCGAAUCUCAAGGUGCUCCUCGGCCACAUGGGAGAAAUGCUUCCGUACCAGUUGGACAGGAUCCACAAGCUCAUCCAACGGACCUGGCCCGCAGCCUCCAAACCGAAACGACACCUCCUCCAGGUCUGGCACGAGAACAUGUACAUCACGACCGCCGGCAUGUUCAGCCUCGCCCCCAUGGCCUGCCUGAUCCACAUGUGCUGCGCCGAUAAAGUCCUCUACAGCGUCGACUACCCGUUCUGCAGCAACCAAGAGGGCCUGCAGUUCUUGUACCAAUUGCGAAACAGCGAGAUGGUCAAUGACGAGGACUUUGAGGCCAUCGCCUACAGGAAUGCCGCCCGACUCUUGGAUCUGAAAAUCACCGAGGGCAAUGACGUUGGGUUUGACGCUGGCGAGGAGGACGGCGCCGACGGAUACCGCCUGCGGCCCUGGCUGUCGACCGAGAGCACCUCGAGUAAUAUCAACGGUGGUCCCGACUUUGCACACUCGCCCCUCGAGACCGUCAAGGAGUAGCAGCAGCAGCCGAGGUGAAACAGCGUCGGCGGAUAUUCUUCCUCGCAUACCGACCGACGAUCAUCAUCCGUUCAAUUUUUUGGGUCUCUCGUCUCUGAAACAUUACUCCGCGGAGCGGCGCGCCUGUGUCCCCUUUCCCACAUGGUUUUGGCUGGUGUGACUGGGACAACGAUGACGGGAUGGUAGGACGAGGUUUCAUCUUUUGAAGUAAAAAAAAAGUCGUACCAUGGUACCCUUUACAGAGUGUCCAUGACCGGUUCCUUUGGAACAACUAUUUCCAGUAAUCCCAAAAAAAUUU